AAUUAGUACAGUAAAUGAAAGGAUUAGGGGUAGCAUACUAGGAUUAAUUAAUUAAUUAAUUAAUUAAAAAAAUAAUGAUUGUUGAGAAUAAGGCGGAACUGCAGAAGAAGCCGAAGGCCACAAUUCACAUCUCAGUUCUCUCAGCGUCUCUCGAUCUCAGUUCUUCAGACCCAAAUAUGUGGAGGUUCAAACCCUUUAUGCAAAAAGAAACUGCUGGACUUGAGGGUCGCUCCAUUGAUGUUGCCAAUCUCAAACUUCAUGUCAGGAAUGUCAUUGCUGAGGGAGGUUUCUCUUGUGUCUACCUUGCUAGGGAUGUUGUGCAUGCUUCAAAGCACUAUGCUUUGAAGCACAUCAUUUGCAAUGAUGACGAAUCAUUGCAACUCGUUAUCAAUGAGAUCUCUGUCAUGAAAUCACUCAAGGGACAUCCCAAUGUAGUCACACUUCAUGCACAUUCCUUUUUUGACAUGGGAAGGACCAAGGAAGCCCUCCUUGUCAUGGAGUUUUGUGACAAAUCUCUGGUUAACGUCUUGGAGACCAGAGGUUCUGCCUAUUUUGAGGAGAAAGAGGUUCUUUCUAUCUUCAGAGAUGUGUGUAAUGCAGUCUUUGCAAUGCACAGCCAGUCACCUCCUGUCGCCCACAGAGACUUAAAAGCGGAGAAUCUUCUGUUGGGUUCUGAUGGACUAUGGAAGUUGUGUGACUUUGGGAGCACCUCCACCAACCAUAAGCGCUUUGAGAAGCCUGAAGAGAUGGGCAUAGAAGAAGACAAUAUUAGGAAGCAUACUACGCCUGCCUAUAGGGCCCCCGAGAUGUGGGAUCUGUUCCGGAGAGAGCUUAUUAAUGAAAAGGUGGACAUAUGGGCCCUUGGGUGUCUUCUAUUUCGCAUUUGCUAUUUCAAGAAUGCCUUUGAUGGAGAGUCCAAGUUGCAAAUCUUAAAUGGGAACUACCGUAUUCCAGACUUGCCCAAUUAUAGUUCUUCAGUUACCGACCUAAUUAGAGACAUGCUUCAAGCUUCACCAGAUGACAGACCUGACAUCACGCAGGUCUGGUUUCGUGUCAAUGAUCUGUUACCUGUUAAUCUACAGAAGUCAUUACCUGAUAGGCCUCCUGAAAUGCUGUCUACUGAAGGUCUCCCAAGGCCUGCAAACAGGUCUCCUCAGAUGCCUCAUAGAAGUCCACCACCUCCACCUUCUUCUGUGGAAUCAUCCAGAAAUGCACUACAGCAGGCUACAAGGGCAAGUGCAGGACAACUAGGUGCCUUCUGGUCCACUCAGCAUGCAAAGGAGUCACUUGUUGGUGAAGACAAGAGCAAACCUAAAUUUGAUGAAGAUCCAACGAACUAUAGCUCAUUGAAACAUGACAGGAAUCGACCCGAGAAUCAUCCACUACCCAAAAACACUAGUCCUGUUAGAGAGGAUAGCAUACAAAGCCAUUCUAUACAAAGAAAUAUGGUUGGUAAAUCAAAUAAACCUGAACUUGGAGCUUCCAAAGAUUUUGAAAUAGCAUUUUUUCAGGAUAAGGAUAUUGGGACUGAUAGGCCAAAAUCGUCAAAACCUGAGAGCACUGCUGCAUUCCAAGACGAGGCAUUCAACACUUUUGUUGCUGAAUUUGACAACAAUAAGCUUGGUUCUGGAAUUGGCAAUAGCAAGCUUGGCAGGGAAGAAGCAUUAGAGGCUGAAAUAGAGAGUCUGAAAGGACAGCUGAAGCAAGCCAACUUGGAGAAGGCUGAAAUGACUUCUAAAUUUGAGAAGUUGUCUGCAAUUUGCCGAUCACAGAGACAGGAAAUACAGGAGCUCAAGCAAGCUCUUGUUGCUAGAACUCCAUCACCAAAUAAAGAUGCUUCAAGAAAUCAGAACUCUCCUGGAAUUCACGCAGCUGCGAGUCCGCAAGAGAAAUCUGAGUGGGCUAGUCCUAGCUUAGAAACAAAGCCAUGGCAAGCUUUUGCUGAGGAUCCGAAUCAGCAACAGCAGCAGCAGCAGCAGCUUUUCUCUAAGGGUAAUAUCCAAUCAGUAAGAACCAGAAAUGGUCAGUCAAAGAAGCAAUCUGGUCAAGCACCACCAUCUGGCUUCGACACGUGGGGUUUUGGAACGGAGAGUUUCUCAGCUGCACCUGCUGCUGGUCCUCAAACAUCGAGGCCUGUAAGUGAAGGAAAUAGUGGGGGAUCAAAGAUGGUGGAGAAUAAGGCAACUUGUCAACCUGCUGGGUGGGCUGGUUUCUGAUGGAUCUGAUUUGAUAUUGGAUGUUGGUUUUGGGUAUUGGUUCUCUGACGGGUAUAUCUUGUUUCCUUUACAAUUGUGGUUGGAUAAAGAAAGGUCAAAAUCUAUGGCUUGCAGUAUUGUUGCAUGCUGUGCUAGCAUAUCCCUUUUUUUUUUUUUUCUUUUUUGGGUGCAAUGGAAUAUGUGCACUUUUUAUCUGGACCAAGCAGCAAAUUUAUUCAAGUGUCUGUUGUUCCACUUGUAGAUGGCUUAAUUGGUGGUGGUUGGUAAUGGUAUAUUUUGUCAUCAUCUCAGUGGUCGAUGGUAUGAAAGUUGAAAUGGGUUUGUUAGGGGGGGGAGACGCUCCAUGGCAGUUUCUCAUACUUUUGUUUUGAUUUUUGAUCUCAUGUCAUUGAUUUUUGGAGGCGGCAGCUGCUGCUGCUGCUGCUGCUGCUGCUUGCAUCAACAAAUUAGAGAUUUCUUU